AAAAUUAUAAACACACACGGAAAUGUGUUUAUAAACAAAUAUUAAUGGUUUUUAGCUGUGAUAUAACGUCUAGAGAUAAUUUGAAACGAUGGACUUGGCGACCGUACCACCGGAGCUUGAAGAGCUCCUCAUCUGCAGCUGCUGCCAUCUGCCCUUCAACGAUAACGAUGCCCUGCCCAAGCUGUUCACGUGUCGUCACUACUUCUGCCUCAAAUGUGUCAAUUCAUUGCUGCGCGAGGGUAGCGAUGAACUCUACUGUGUACACUGUUGGAAACGCACUGAACUACAAGGACCCGAGCCACGCACCGACAGUCUACCCACCUACAAUGCGAUUUUGUAUCUCACUCAGAAUUUGACUUCGCUUAGUUUGAAAAUGAAAACCGGCGAACGUGAUCGUCAGCAACGUUCCUCGUCGAUUGCUUCGAAUGGAUCUACUGGUGCGCUCAGCGGGAGUGGCGCACUCAAUAGCAGUGCCAAUAAUAACAACAACAGCAACAACGACGGCAGCAAUAGCAAUAUUAGUAGUAUUGGUGUUGGUGUUGGCAACAGCAACAACAACAACGUUGAUAAAUUAAAAAUGACCGAAAACUGCAUGACCCAUGCCAUGCCGAACACAUUGUGGUGCAGCGUUUGCAACAUGUUGCUAUGUCGUGCCUGUGCCGCUACUGAAGAGCACCGCUCACAUUUGGUGAAGAACAAAAUCGAGGCUAAAGAAUCACUACGUACGGACAUAUCAAACGAACUGCUCGGCAUGCAGAAGACGCUUAACGAUGUGCAACAUCUAGUUUUGAAGCAACGCGAUUUUCUGCUAAAAAUAUUAGAAAGUUGCACCACGCUCAAGACGCAAAUCGAGACGGAGCUGAUCAAUCAUAUGCCCACUCUAGAGAUUUCCGAAAUACGUGACAAUUUGUGUAAGGCGCGUUUGUGUCUCGAAAUGCUGGACAAGCAAACGCCUGCCGAGGCAAUGAAACUCUAUACAACGCUGCAUGGCGAGAAGCAGCGUCUUAUGGCUAAGUAUCAGGAAAUGUUUUUGCAAUGUAAGCUAGACGAUAUGAUUCGCAAUUGCGGUUAUGUUUUCGAUUUUGACCUUAUCAAGCAGGCGCUCGUGCAAAUGCACAAUUGCGUGCUCAAUGGCGGCAAUUUGGAUAAUUUUGGUGUGGGCUCAGUGAUUGGGGGUCUGAAUGGCAUUACUGGCACGCAUCAUCAGAAUCCAGUUUUGCUUUUGGCCAACUAUUGCAUAUCGCAAUUGUACUCCCGUCAUAUGUUGGUGCUCAAGCAGCAGCAGCAGCAACAGCAGCAUCAACAACAACAGCAGCAACAGCAUGCGCAACAGCAGCAGCAUCAACAGCAACAGCAGCAUUUGCUAUCGAAUGGUCUGCUCACGUCCAUGAUUUCACAUGUAAGCCUCGCCAAUUCGAUCAACGGCAACAUUCCUACUUCGAAUGCCAAUUUUACACACGCAACAUACGCACAGGCACUGCAGCAGAAUCAACCGGCGAGCAAUAGUGUUUCGCAGCAACAGCAGCAACAACAACAACAGCUACAAGCAAACAAUCCCCCUUCGCCGGUGCACAAGACUUACGCCGAUAUCAUUGCGCUCUCCAACAAAUCCACUACGAAUUUGCAAAAUGCUCAACAACAACAACAAUUGCUACAGCAACAACAAUCCACGGGUAGUAGCUUUUCGGAAAUUGCACCUAUUGGCACACCAGCCACCACAUCCUCCACUUCGGUAGUCGUUGGCGCCCAACGCAAUACCACAUCACAUCUUUUUUCCAGCAAUGACCUCAACGGUUUAGGUUUAAGCCUCUUGCAUCUACAGCAACAAACUGCUUCCAAUGCACAGCAACAACAAUCGAAAUCAACAUUGUUACUCAAUCCCAGCGUACACGUCUACCCAAUCUAUUACUUUAACAUCGAGAUUAACGGUCAGCAUUCGGGACGUAUUCUUAUAGAAGUGCGCAGUGAUGUAGCACCGAAAAUGGCUAAGAAUUUCAAUGCACUCGCCACGCAGGAGCUCGGUUACGGUUAUAAGGGUUGUCACAUUUUCCAAUGUUGGGAAAAUGAAAGUAUUAUUACGGGCGAUUUUGAAUUGAAUAAUGGACGUGGCGGACGUUCUGUAUACGAUGAGGGCUUCUUUAUGCCAGAUGAUACUAAAAUAUUAGCCAUACGCGGUUCGGUCGGCAUGCGACGCAGUCAGAAGCGUCAUGAUAACUUAGGACUUGUAGGUUCACAGUUCCGUAUAAUUUUAAGAGAAAUGCGUGGAUUUACCGGAAUUUUUGCAUUUGUAGUUGAAGGCUUGGAUUUGGUAGAGAAGAUAUCACAAACGGGUGAUGCAACGGGCAAGCCCCAAAGUAGCGUUGUUAUUGUUAGUUGUGGCAAAUAUCAAUUGGGUUAG